UAUUGGCAACGCAAGAAAAGAAAUGUCUGUCCCGAUUGCUAUUUUCAUUAUACCAGCAAUUCUUUUCAUUCAAAUCGUUUACAUUUUUAACUCUUCUCUCGAGCCGCAGUGCACGUAUCUAAUACAGCCGGAAGAACCAAACACUGAAUUUUCCAGUGUCGUUCCUGAAGACCCACCUACAACCCAACAACGACAACAACCUCAUUUGGAAAAUUUAUCGCUCUGCCAGAGUCCUGCCGAGAUAGGCGCUGCCUUAGAAAUUUUAGGCUCCCGUAAUGAGUCUCGCAGGGCAAUUUUCUUCAUCGAGUCCUCAAACAAGGGCUCCAUAACGGCCCGCCAGAUUUGCGCCCUGGAGUCUGCAGCCAUGCACAACCCUGACGCCGACAUUUAUUUGCUUCUCCUUGAUCCACCAGAGAAUCCAGACCUUACACGUGAUGAGAAGAUGCUCACCGUGCUACGACACCACGACAACGUGCGUUUGCUCGCAGCCGAUUCCGCCACCUAUUACGUCGGCACGCCGCUGCAAGAGUGGAGCGUCGCCAACCGCAUAAAUACCAGCUCUCAUCCCAUCGAGCACGCCAGUGACAUCAUGAGAGUUGUCACCCUCCUCAGGUAUGGCGGAGUUUAUCUGGACCUAGACUUUGUGAUCCUGCAGUCACUGGCUACCUUGCCUCCAAAUUGGUUGUCUUACGAACUAAACAGAGACUUGUGCAACGGAGCACUUGGCUUUCAAAAAGGCCACCCGAUGGCGCAAAUGAUGGCCCACGAAUUAGCUGAAACCUUCGAUGGCUCAAGUUGGGCACACAACGGCCCUUCCAUGGUAGCUCGGGUGAUGAGUCGAAUGUGCGGAAUGCCCGAAUCUGAGAGUGGCAACAAUUGCUCCGAUGUGACCGUGCUCGAGCGGGAUAAAUUAUUUCCCAUCGGCUAUCCUGGCUGGGAAAGGUACUUUGACGGGGCUGCUGGACCUGAAGUGGUGGACUCGGUGAAACACAGUCUGGGAGUGCACGUGUUCAACUACUUGAGCCACGGGGCCAACGUCACGCUUGGCUCUAAUCAAGCGUACAGCCUGCUUGCGCAGAAACACUGUCCCAGGGCCUACUGGGGUUGCUUUAAAUUUUUUUAG